ACUCAGUUCCACUCGGGGGCGACCACGGGAUUUCGAGGAAGAACGCCUGGGCAUUCAGUGCCCUCGGAUGACCGCGUGAACUUUAAACUUCCACAUCACGCACGGAGUCGGUUCUGAGAUAAGAAACCGAAUAAAUUCUCUCCUGAGGACAGACCUGAAGCUCGGCCUGCCUGGAAGCUCGGACUCACCCGGAGAUCAUGGCCUUUGACGGGACUUGGAAGGUGGACCGGAGCGAGAACUAUGACAAGUUCAUGGAGAAGAUGGGUGUCAACUUGGUGAAAAGGAAGCUGGCAUCCCACGACAAUCUGAAACUGAUCAUCACACAGGCAGGAAACAAGUUCACCAUCAAAGAAUCCAGCGCUUUUCGGAACGUUGAAAUUGUCUUUGACCUUGGUGUUGCCUUUAAUUACAGCCUAGCGGAUGGAACCGAACUCAGUGGGACCUGGAGCCUGGAGGGAGACAAACUCGUCGGAAACUUCAAACGCGUGGACAACGGAAAUGAACUGAAGGCUGUCCGAGAAAUCGUGGGCGGUGAACUGGUCCAGACUUAUGUGUACGAAGGAGUCGAAGCCAAGCGGUUCUUCAAAAAGGAGUGAGCGCUGUCCCUGCCGCUCAGCGCCACCCGGCCGCCUCGGAGCUUGUCCAGCAGGAGCCUCCGCGGAGCUUGUCCAGCAGAAGCCGUCUCCUGCCAGGUGCUCCGUCCCCGACCGGGCGCCCUGUGCGAGUAACCCCGCCGGCUCCUGUUCCGGCCGUGCCACAGCAAAAGAAGGAAAUGCGAAUUAGGCUCUCCCUGGGCUAGGGUUCUCUGAGA